AUGGACAGUUACUUUAUAGAUCCGCAACGACGGCGGGCGAUCAAGGUGCUGUUCCCCAACCAUCCGUUGACUGUCAAUAGCGAAAGCUUCGGACUCCGCAAUCAACUCAAGUACAACGUCGUCGUGGAAAAGAUGGAUCUGGUGAAUCUGAUUCAAAUUCGUCUGACUGAGUGUAACGAUCAGGCCAAAAUGUUCAUUGCCACAAUCGAUAACAACAUGUAUGAGAAGAUUCGCCUGGAACAAUCGCUUCACGUCACUUUUCAGGGGUUUAUCGAUCAUCUGACAAAAAUACUCGAUAGCUGCAAAAAGGAGGAGCUGCACAUGAGUCUGGUCAAAGACGAUUCCGUUCAGUUGUUGCAAUUUUACGAGAAGAGCUCAUUCAAGAAUCUGACUCAUCUGUUUCUUCAAAUCGAACCGGCUUCAACGGAAACGAUUCUAUUUCACAUUAAUCUAGCGUUGCUGUCGUUUCAAGACCAGGUCGCGAAUUAUGCCUCUCAGACGCAACAGUACCGACAGGAACUGGAUGGUCGUGACGAAAGCAUACACCGACUGCAGGGGGAAAUUCGGAUGCUCAACAACAAACUGGUGGAACAGGAGAAUAUGAUCUUCAGUCGGAACACGGAAGAGAUCAAUCGACUUCAGCAGACAAUUAAGCACAUCAAUGAGACGAAGGAGCUGGAGGAGAAGCGACUGAAAACGGUUAUAUCCAGUAUGCAGGAGAAGAUCGACCAACAAAGCAGGGAGCUGCUGUCCAAUUCCGAUCGGAUUAUACAAGAGGUCAAACGCUGUGAAACCCUGCGAGAGGAAAAUCUAAAGCUUAAAUCACACAACAGUCACGCUCGGGAAGAAUCGGAGCGCAUCCGAGCGGAGCUACAUUCCUAUCAAAGUCGCGAUGGCCGAAACGAAUCCACGAUCGUGGAUCUACGGAGGCAGCUCAUCGAACUGCAGAGUAAGCUUAAAAUUUCCGAGAAGCAAAAGUCCGAGCUGGAAGCGGAACUGGAGGCGGAGCGCAACAUUUGUCAGACGAAGAAGAACGCCCUCCAGCUGACGACCGACGAAAUCGCGAAUGCCAACGUCAUGAUGUCCAACAUGAACAAGGAAAUUCUGAAGCUGAAGAGCAAAAUCGAACUCCGGACGGAAAUUGCUAUGCGGCAGGAGAAACUCAUCCAGGACAAAGAGCGGGAGUAUAAUGAACUGCAGGAAACGGUCAGGCAGAUCCAACAGGAGCACGUCAAAAACCGAGCGGCGGCUGAGGAAUAUGCUCAAAGCGUUCGGCGCAUCAAGGAGACCUCCGACGCUAUUGAGGAGAAAUACCGGAAAAAAAUUAACGACCUUAUUGUGAAGGUAUCCCACAAUCAGAAUAUGGAACCCGCAUCAAUGUCCAUUCCCCACCAGAUGCCCAAUCGAUAUCUAAGGCCACAUAAUCGGAUCGAGUAACAACGCUGCAUAAGUUAUCAAUAUUGUACAGUCCACUUAGAUUAAUAAUUAAACAUAUAAAAUACGAGAAAUUCAACCUUA